AGUAAUGUUGUGCCUGAUUUUAAGAAAAUAUAGCACAAGAUACUGAAAGUAUUAUUUGCAUCAUGUACACGUAACUUGUAAUUCCGCAGUGCAGAAAUAAAGUACGCUGCUAGUAAAUGUUUUGCGUUCAGAUUUUACAGUCAUGUUUUAUUAAUUUUUUUGUUUUGUUUUUUUUUUCAGGCAUGGCAGCAACACACUUCUGUAAAGUAUAAAGUGUUUUUUUUUCUUCUUUUCUUUUUUGUUUGUUUGUUUGUUUACUUCAUUUAAAGAUGGGGCAGCAAUACACGUCAGUAAAAUAAAAUAAUGUUUACAUCAUGAUUUUUGGGGUUUUGUUUGUGUGUUUGUUUGUUUAUCCAGGCGUAGCAGCAAUACGCCUCUGUAAAAUACGAACAGUUUACAAUCAUGUUUGGUUUUUUCAUUGCAGCAUCAACCAAAAAGUCCAACAGUCUUUGUUCCUCGGAUAUGACUCAGAGUGACUCCUCGCUCUCAUCAUGAUAUCUCUGCUACGUCGUGACGCCAUCACGUCAGACGGAGCGCUCAAACCAGCCAAUCAGAUCGCGCGGCUCAAGGAGAGUCCCGGGGAGUUCCGUGUUGACGCCACUGCUGUUUUGAAACCGUCGAAAUAAAACCUCCAUCUUUCUGUUUCUUCGUCCCCGUGUGCGUCUGUCCUCUGAGUGCCGGAGAUGAACAGCGUCGGGGAGGCCUGCACCGACCUGAAGCGGGAGUACGACCAGUGCUUCAACCGCUGGUUCGCCGAGAAGUUCCUGAAGGGGGACCGGAGCGGCGACCCGUGCACCGAGACCUUCCGCCAGUACCAGCGGUGCGUGCAGAAGGCCAUCAAGGAGAAGGACAUCCCGAUCGACGGCGUGGAGUUCAUGGGCCCCAACAAGGACAAGCCCGAGAGCUGAUCCCUGCCGAUCAUCAAUACUGAGAUCGAUACGCCAUAUGGACCGGGGACUGUGUCCACGAGGCCCGCUGAGCAUGCGCAGGAGCUGUGCUGCUGCUGCGGAAGAACACAGCGGGUUGCGGAGCCUGGGCACUGAGUGUGUGUUCACACACACACAGACUGUUUUCUUUCCAAGCUGCUGCUUUUAUUCUGGAGUUUAACAUGACUGUGAGCUGCUGUAGCGACUGUAGGACACAGCUGAUACUAGGUAUCGAUCAGUAACCAAUAGAUUGAUUGAUUGUUGAAGACACAGCUGAGCCAGUGGCUGCAGCUGCUGCACUGAUGCUUCUCUCUCUUUGUUUCACUGUAACUGAAUGUUUCUGGGUUUGGACAAAACAAGACGUUUGAAGGUGUGAAGAUUAAUAUAUUAACUGGAAGAAUUCACUACUGGAUUUAUCAAUAAUGGAAAUAAUAACCAUGACACAGUUUGUCUAUAAAUUUGACUUUUUUUAAA